CCCCGAGGCGACGCUCUUCGACGACGGGAACUUCGCCGUCAGGGAGGCGGGCAACGAUGACCCCGAUAGCUUUGCAUGGCAGAGUUUCAACUUUCCGACCGACACCCUCCUCCCCGGAAUGAAGCUGGGCUGGGACGUGACGUCCGGACUCAACCGCAAACUCACGUCAUGGGCGAGUGCCCACGACCCGUCCCCAGGUAACCACACCUUGGGCAUUGACCUGCAAGGUGAACCCCAACUGUUUCUACGGUCUGGAACCCAGCACGUUUGGCGAGGGGGGCCAUGGAAUGGCCUUCAUUUUAGUGGUGCGCCAGAUAUGGACGAUCCAAAACUUUUCAACGCAACGUUUGUGGUUGACCUUCACCAAGUCAUCUACUCAUUCAAGCUUCUCCAUCCCUCGACCAUCUCAGUGUUGGUCGCGAACCAAUCGGGUGUCUUGCAACGUCGUGUUUGGGUCGUUGGCACAGGGGCGUGGAAUGUUACUUGGUACGUGCCAACGGAUUCGUGCGACGUGAUGUCGAUCUGCGGGGUCAAGUCCUUCUGCAGUCCCAAUGCUCCGCCUCCACAGAUGUGUAGAUUUCUAGCAGGUUUUCUUGUAAAAAACUCAGAGUCUUGGAAGCCAGGGACUAGACCGUAUGGUUGCUCGAGAAAUUCUCUAUCGGAUUGUGGGAAUGGGACUGAUGGGUUCUUUCGAAUCCCCGGUUCGAAACUAUCAGACCACACUCCUUGGAAGGAGGCAAAACUACCGGACACAUCGACCCCAGUAGUGGUGGAAAGAGAACUGAGCCAAGACCAGUACCACGAAUCAUGCUUGAGGAAUUGCUCUUGUGCAGCCUGUGCAAGCUCUAGCCUCGAUGAAAGUGAGAGCGGAUGCAUAAUGUGGGUGGGCAAUAUCACCGAUCUCAAAUUAUACAACAAUACUCGUGGAGGAGAAGAUUUGUAUGUCAGGCUGGUGGGAAGAAAAGAUUUGCAUGUCAGGCUGCUGGCGGAUUACCCCUCGGAACAACCUUCUCUCGGACGUGAACUGUCAGCCAGUCACGAAACACCAGCCAGUGCGGUUAGUCGCGGAGGUGAACCACCAGCCAGUCCGGUUAGUACCAGAAAACUACCAGCCAGUGCGGUUAGUCGCGGAGGUGAACCACCAGCCAGUCCGGAACCACCAGCCAGUCCGGUUAGUCGCGGAGAACUACCAGCCAGUCCGGUUAGUCGCGGAGGUGAACCACCAGCCAGUCCGGUUAGUCGUGGUUCACCACCAGCCAGUCCGGUUAGUCGUGGUUCACCACCAGCCAGUCCGGUUAGUCGCGGGGGUGAACCUCCAGGCAGUCCACUUAGUCAUGGAGCUGAACAACCAGGUCACACAAAUUGGGCACAAGUCCAGACUUCAAAUCAAUCAUCUGCGCGGAGUGGUCACUUAACUGCGAUAUAUAUUGGUGUUCCUGCAGCGUUGCUCAUUCUCCUAGUUUGCAUUGCAUGCUAUGUUUGCAUUGCACGCCGUGUUGGCAGACGCAGGAAAAGAAAGAACAGCGUUGUUAAAGAAUUAGAAGAGAAGGACCUGAACUUGCCUUUGUUUGACUUGGACAUAGUUUUAGCUGCGACAAAUAAUUUUGCAGAAGAGAACAAACUCGGUCAAGGUGGAUUCGGGCCUGUGUACAAGGGGAAGUUGGUCGAUGGACAAGAGAUAGCUGUAAAAAGACUAUCCAAAACAUCCACACAAGGCAUUCAAGAGUUCAAAAAUGAAGUAGUGAUAAUUGCUAAGCUACAACAUCAAAAUCUUGUUCGCCUGCUCGGCUGUUGCAUUCAAGGAGGGGAGAGGACAUUAAUCUAUGAGUAUAUGCCCAAAGGAAGUUUAGAUGCAUUCUUGUUCGCAAAGCGAAUGUUGUUGGAUUGGAAAACACGAUACAAUAUUAUAGUCGGAAUAGCUCGAGGCCUCCUUUAUCUCCAUCAUGACUCAAGACUCAAAAUUAUUCAUAGAGAUUUGAAGACCAGUAAUAUCCUUCUUGAUAAAGAUAGCAUUCCUAAAAUAUCAGAUUUUGGGUUGGCAAGAAUAUUUGGAGGUGAUGAACCGGAAAUAAAUACAAGAAGAGUAGUUGGAACAUAUGGAUACAUGUCUCCUGAAUAUGCAAUGAAUGGAACUUUCUCAAUAAAAUCAGACGUAUUUAGUUUCGGUGUAUUGCUACUUGAGAUCGUUAGUGGCAAAAAGAACAGAGAAGUUUAUAAUUCAAACUACCUGAACCUUUUAGGGCACAUAUGGAGCUUGUGGAAAGAAGAUAAAAGCUUACAAAUCGCUGAUGAAUCAAUUGACCAUUCAUUUUCAGUAGCUGAGGUCAUGCGGUGCAUAAAGAUAGGUCUUUUAUGCGUUCAAGAGCGACCACAAGAUAGGCCGACAAUGCCCUUGGUAGUUAUUAUGUUGGGUAGUGACAGUCCUAUACCAGAACCUAAACAACCUGGUUUUGUUGCUGCUUUAGACUCAUCUUAUUCUUCAAUAGGAAUGCAAUAUCCGAUAUCCAUCAACGAUGCAUCCGACACAACAUUAGAAGGUAGGUAAGACAUGAAAAGUGGAAUGUGAUGUGUGGUACAAUCCAAAUAGACAUUUAUCAUUAGAGCUGUUUGUUAAUGCAGGUAAGACAUGAAAAGUGGAAUGUGAUGUGUGGUACAAUCCAAAUAGACAUUUAUCAUUAGAGCUGUUUGUCGAUUGUGAUAUACUCGUCUAGCCAUUUGGUUGUGCAUGAAUAAUUGUAUGCUGAGUGUGUCAAGUUUUGUCAUGCAAGUGUGGAUCAAAUUCAAUAACUGAG